AUGUGGCGUGUAGUGGUAGCUAGAUCUGACGAAAACAGUACGUUACUAUCUUCGGAGAUAACGACCCCAGUAGGUCAAACCCACUUAUCAAGUAUCCCCGGUCCACCUACAAGCCACCACUAUUAUCCUGGCUACCCGCCACCCCCUCACCAUGGUUCGUAUCAACCCCAACACCCUGACGUCCGUCAUCACGAGAUGCGACCCGAUUUGAGGCCCGAGUUGAGACAUCAAGAGAUGCAUAAUCGUCAAGAACUUGGACACCAGGAGAUGCACAGACCCGAGAUAAGAAAUGAGGGAGGGAUGAGGACAGAGAUGAGGCAUGACAUGGGUCAACAUCAGGAUAUGAAUGGCAUGAGACAGACUCAUGAAUUAACGGAGUUAAGGCCGAGUCAUGAAUUGCCAGAGUUGAAAAUUGAUGGACCUGAAUUGAGGCCAAGGGAUUCACAGAAUCAGGGACAUCAGAGGAGUCUCAAGAGGACUAUCGGAAGUGAUUCUGAUUGUGACGAUGUCUUCUCGGAAGAAAGUGGAAAAGAACCAUGCAAUUCACCUGGUGGCGAUUCGUGCCAACAUGCAUCGCGAAAAAGACGAAGGGGAAUGAUUGAAAAAAAGCGGAGGGAUAGAAUUAACGCGUCUUUGGGGGAGCUGAGGAGGCUGGUACCAGCAGCAGCAAGGGAUCCGCACUCUGGGAAACUCGAGAAGGCGGAAAUUCUGCAGCUAACUGUUGAACAUCUCCGCACCCUUAGGAACAAAGGUCCAGAGGGCUAUGACAGUACAAAAUUAGCGAUGGAUUAUCACGCAGUGGGCUGGGGUGAAUGUGCCGCCGAAGUGGGCCGUUAUCUGGUUACAAUGGAGGGUCUUGAUGAGCGAGAUCCACUCAGAUUGAGAUUAUUGUCACACUUGCAGAGUUUUCAUAGAGAGCAUCCACCUAGCAAUGCCCCGAUUGCAUCCCAGACUUCGUCACUAACAUCAACAUCGGCAGCUACAAGUUAUGAUGGAUCAGGUAUGCCAUCAAGUGGAGGCAGUGUAGGACCCAUUCUUGGUGGUGGCGCUCUGGGCUGGGGACAGUAUCCAACGCAGUAUCCCCAGCAGCAGCAUGGGAAGCCUUAUCGUCCUUGGGGUGCAGAACUAGCGUAUUGAAAAAGGAAAAUAAAGGAUAAAUAAAGUUAAACAAAUGGACAUUUAAAGAAUUGAAGAAGAAAGUACGAUAGUUCAGUAUUGAAAAUAACUAAUUGGAUAAGAUUAACUGUUAAAUGAAUGGGUUUAUAAAAAAAAUGAAAAUCUCUUUCUUCAGGUGGGCAAAUUUCACAAUUUUUGCAAGUGUAGUCUAGCACAAAUUGAAAAACGUUUGGGCCUAUUGUAAUAUUCAUUUUCAGUUAUUAACUGCGAUGAUGAAUUUAGCUACUGCUUGGGAAAACCUCUUAAACCCAUACAUUUUUUAGUGAUAGGCCAUAGUUGAAAAGUAUUACUGAAAGAGAUUCUUUGAAUUAUUCCUCUGAGUAUUGAUCUUUGUCAAGAUGAAUCAAUAAUUAGUAAUGCAAUUUUUGGAGACAAAUAAUUGCUUAAUGACUCCCCUGCAAAAUUGAGUAACAGAAUGAAAACGAGAAUUAAGCCCAUAGUAAAAAAUUUUCGGCAUUUGGACUAAAUGUGAAAUUCUGAAUAGGCCAAAAUCAGGUCGGGCGUGGUCAAAUAUAUCUGGAUUGUUGACGGGGAUGAAAACAUAGAAAUGAAAGUAAAGAAAAAACUCAGGAACAAAACAAAAAAUUCUAAUUUGAGUGAGAAUAUACAUAGUCAUAAAUAAGUAUCAUCAAGCGUGAAGAAGAAUUAAAAUUCAAAAAAUUAUUUAUUUGAAAAAUCAGAAAGAGCAGUUGACUCUGUUUGUAUAGUGUAAAUAGGGAAAAUUGUAUAUAAUAAUACGGAAUCGAUUGCUCUCUCUUGGAACCCUUCCUUUACCUAAUCUUCCUGUAUAUUUAUUGAAGUAUAUGAGAUAAGAUUUGUAAGUUUCAUUGAAGUGCCAUUUGAC